UAACAAUUUUAAUUAUACUAGUGUAAAGACCAGCGUGAUACAUGAACCAAUUACUAAAAUUUAGAGAUAGAAUUUUAUGAUAAUUUUGAACAAAUUAUAAAAAUGCAUUUUCUAUAUUCAAAUUAAAAUUUUCUUUAUUUCAUGCAAUACUACAUGUGAAAAAGAUUUCAAUUGAAAAAAUAUAAUUUUUUAUAUAUAAGUAAGCACUUUAUUUGGACAGUACAAAAUCUAAAGCACAACAAUUCAAAUAUAUUCCCGCGGUUUUGCGGGUUCUCAACCGACAUAGUUUUGCCCCCUUUCUUCUUCAUUGAAAGAGUAAAACCCAAGAUAUCGCAACAGAUUGAGUUUGAGUUGAUCUGCUGAAACCGUAAUUCAGAUUCCGGCUCACCGUCAGCGUCUUCUCUCCAGUGCAGCCUACGACCUCCUCCCCAUCGAUCUCUUUCUUCUCCAAAGCUUCACAAAGGCUUUUACCGGCUGCUGUGCGAUGGGAAAGAUCCAUAAUGGAACCAGCCAGAGCCUGGACCGUACCACUAGGAGCAGUCGCCGGACCUGUGAACCCAACGACAACUAUGGCGUUGAUUCUGGCAGCAGAAAGAAGAGAAAAUCCUUGAGGGACAUACCAGAGGAGGAAAUUGCAGCAUACGUGUGGCGGAAGGCUUUGCGUGUGGGAAAAAAGUUGAAGUCCCAGACAGUCGCUGGAUAUUUGAACACUUCGAAUCCGUUUGGCGAUUCGAAUCUCAACGAAAGAUUUGUUUGGAAGAAGAAGAUGGAACGGGAUAUUGAAGCUGAGAAGAAGAGGCAGAAACAGAGGAUGGCAGAGAUCGAGAAAGUGAGGAAGAGGAGGGAAGAACGAGCCCUUGAAAAGUCGCUGCAUGAGGAAGACGGGGCUUUGCUCGCUCUGGAACGUGCCCGUGCGGUGUUCCAAGGCUGGGAGAAGGGAGAUGGAGAGUUUCAUUUUAAUCAGACUAAACUCCGGCCGGAAAUACGUUUACGUGAAGGCCAUGCGAAGCCAAUAGAUAUUCUCACCGGGCACCUCAAUGGUCUGAGCAGUUUGAAUAUUGAAUUGAAUGAUCCUUGCAUGGUUUUCAAGGGCUUGACAGUGAAAGACACAGAAGAGCUUCGUGACGACAUCAAUAUGCAUUUGGAUUCGGACACUGAGAUGGGAACACGUGUAGAGUACUGGAAUGCAGCGCUUUUGGUUUGUGAUUUUGAGAUAGGCAAAGCUCGAAGAAAGGACGCACUUGAUCGAGCUCGUGUCCAUGGAGAAGAACCUGCUGCAGAAUUGCUUGCCGAAGAGAGAGGCGUGCACGAUAGCAUUAUAACGGAUGUGAGAGAUUAUCUUCUGCAGAAAACGUACAAGGAGCUUGAGAACAUACAUUCUAGUGUCAAGAGUUGGCUUGGUUCCGGUACAGCGAAGGUCGUAGAGUUCUGGGAAGUUGUUCUUAAACAGAUCAGCAUAUGCAAGGCUAAUGCUUUCUUGAAAGAAACGAGUAAACAUCUCCAACGCCUGAAGCAACAUAUAGAGGAGGAUGGACCCGAGCAUGAUGAUACUCGAGAUAUCUCCCAGGAACCAAUGGUGCAAGAAGAAACCACGAAGAAUGAAGAGGAAACUGGAUCAUUAUCUCAUUUGCUUCUGCAUGGUGAUGAUAAUGAAGAGGCCAUCAGUCCCGGAGUGGACAGGGCAGCAUUGGAACGAAGAAGAUUGGCAGUAAUACAACAAAGAUGACAUCAAGAAGCAGCUGCGACAUCAAAGGCAGCUUCAUCAGAAGAUAACUUUGAAACGAAGGCCAUGGAAGCUAUGGGAGCUAUGGAAAAGGGGGAUAAAGUUCUUGGAUCAAGCUCAGAAGUGAAGCUCGGCUCGAAGGUGUACUGUUGGCAUGAUAAGUUCCAGCUUCGGAAGCUGAAGUAUUUCAACCGUGUGCACUCCGGUUAUGUGUGGAACAGGUACAAUCAAACACAUUAUGAUCAGGAUAACCCACCUCCCAAGAUGGUGCUCGGUUACAAGUUCAACAUCUUCUAUCCCGACCUCGUUGACAAGUCCACAACGCCAACUUAUAUGAUUGAGAAGGAUAAUAAUACCUGGAAUUAAGCCAUUAAUGCAGUAACUCUCGAUCCAAACUUACUAAGCUUCUUCGAAUCGAGUUUUCCUCUGUAUAGACGAAAUGUGUAGGAAGGUGAUACUAAAAUCCUGUAUCUAGACAGUUGCCUCUGCAAUUAUACUCAUGUUGAAUUGAUGUUACUCUGUAAAAUACGAAAUUCCGAUAAUUGAGAGCUUCUGAUAUCAUAAUAUUACCUUUAGUUUCUCUCAUCCAGUGAAGAUUUUUCACUUUCAUCACCGUCAU